GUUACACAGAGAAAGUAAAACAAAGUAAAGUCGACCAAGUGACCUAAUUUCCAAUUUGGGUAAGAAUGCACUUUGGAAGAGCAAACAAUGGUAGCUGUCAUGUUAUAGAACUCACAUGAAAAUGCAGAUUCAUAAAACCUAUCCUACCUAAUAUCUCUAACCAUAUUCAAUAGUUUUGCCAUGUGUAACUCAUUUCCCACACAUUCUUAUUUUUUCAACUCAUUUUCAUUCUUUCCUUUUUAUAUCUAUAUAUUUGUGUAACCUUCAAAUCUCUGUCUCUUCCUGUCCUUUUUUUACUUCUCCAAUAUACUUCCAUUUUUCACUUUUCCAGUUAAUAUAUGAAGAGAAACUGCUAUCUCGAUCUUCGUCUUCAUUCUUCCUCUUCUCAUACUUCAAUGAAUGGGAAGUUCAACCUACACAGUAUUAAACUUGCAGCUGUUCUUCAUAACCAACGCCACUGCAUUUUUGACACUACAGAACUUCAGGCAAGAGCGAUAAUAUGGUUGGCAAGUAGAGAAAUGGUGAAAACCAGAAGCUUGCGUUCCGAAGCAUUAUUAGUACAUAUUUCGCCACACCUCUCCAUCAAGAAAUCACUUCAGAAUUUCCUGCAGAGGAGAAAGAAACGAAAAUCUUAUCAAAGGAACAGUGACAAAAAUUAGUCAUAUUUAUAUAUGAACGAAUCCCUGUUCCUUCUCUGUAUUUGCUCUGGAUACUAAUAUUUCUUCAAUGAAAAA